GGUUGCACCAUGAAUGAGGGGCCAUCAUUCCGGCGACUCGGAGGUGAAAAAUGAUAGUUUUUAAGUCUGUGUGUGCAUUUUAAAAUGAACAACCAGGUUUUUAUGACAGAUACUUAAAUGAGCGUUCAACGGUACUUCUUGCUAUUAGGUUUCCUCGGAUGCAUUUUUUUCCCUACRCUAUCUGCUCUCGGUUCAAAGAUUUACCACGACCACAUAAGACCAAUGCCUUAGUUGUGACAUUAUAAGUAUACAUAUUUUCUCUAUAACGUUUAUUUGAACUUCCUGUAGGAGUGAAAGCUCUCCUCCACCUCUAUUACUUUUCCAUCGCUCCAAAAUUUUCACUUUUACAACCAGUUAAAAGGACCAUCAGAACCAAGCCACCAUGUCCUCCAUCCUUCCCUUCACCCCGCCUGUUGUCAAACGCCUCCUGGGAUGGAAGAAGACGCCAGCAGGAAGUGGAGGAGCGGGAGGGGGGAUUGGAGGAGUGGGGGAGCAGAAUGGAGGAGGACAAGAAGAGAAAUGGUGUGAAAAAGCUGUGAAAAGCCUGGUGAAGAAGCUUAAGAAGACAGGCCAGCUGGAUGAGCUGGAGAAAGCAAUCAGCACACAAAACAGCAACACAAAGUGUGUCACGAUACCCAGCAAUUGCUCAGAACUUUGGGGUCUUGGCUCAGGCCACACGAUAGAGCAGUGGGACUCUGCAGGCAUGUACGGAUACCCUGACCACAGCAGGUCACUCGAUGGGCGUCUUCAGGUGUCUCAUCGUAAGGGUUUGCCCCAUGUCAUCUACUGUCGGUUGUGGCGAUGGCCGGAUCUUCACAGCCACCAUGAGCUGAGGGCCAUUGACACCUGUCAAUAUGCAUUCAACCUCAAAAAGGAUGAAGUGUGUGUCAAUCCCUACCAUUACCAGAGAGUAGAGACACCUGUACUGCCUCCGGUGUUGGUGCCGCGCCACCCAGAGAUUCUGACAGAGCUUCCUCCUCUAGAUGACCUUAUAAACUCCAUUCCUGAAAACACCAACUUUCCUGCAGGCAUAGAUCCUCCUAAUAACUACAUACCAGACACUCCUCCACCUGGCUACAUGAGUGAGGAUGGAGAGACCAACGACCAGCAAAUGAAUCAAAGUAUGGAAUCAGGCUCACCAGCAGAAAUGUCUCCCAGCAACCUGUCACCUGUCAGUCAUGGCCUGGACCUUCAGCCUGUCACCUACAGUGAACCAGCUUUCUGGUGCUCUAUAGCCUACUAUGAACUCAACCAGCGGGUCGGAGAGACGUUCCAUGCUUCCCAGCCAUCCCUGACUGUCGACGGCUUCACCGACCCUUCCAACUCUGAACGCUUCUGUUUAGGGCUUCUCAGCAACGUUAACAGAAAUGCAACAGUUGAAAUGACAAGGCGACAUAUAGGUCGUGGCGUUAGGUUGUAUUACAUCGGUGGGGAGGUUUUUGCCGAGUGCCUCAGCGACAGUGCCAUUUUUGUCCAGAGUCCCAACUGCAACCAACGAUAUGGCUGGCACCCAGCCACUGUCUGCAAGAUUCCACCAGGCUGUAAUUUGAAGAUUUUUAACAACCAGGAGUUUGCAGCACUGCUGGCCCAGUCAGUAAAUCAGGGGUUUGAGGCAGUGUACCAACUAACCAGAAUGUGCACAAUCAGAAUGAGCUUCGUCAAGGGCUGGGGAGCAGAGUACAGACGUCAGACGGUCACCAGCACUCCCUGUUGGAUUGAGUUGCAUCUCAACGGCCCCCUCCAGUGGUUGGAUAAAGUGCUGACCCAAAUGGGUUCCCCCUCGGUGCGCUGCUCUAGCAUGUCCUAAACAGUUUUCAUGCAAAGUCAAGGCUGACAUUUCACAACAGUUUGUCCUGAAGGAGACCACCAUUCAGUCUUAAAUAAUGUACUAACAACUUUAAAAAGAAGAAGCAAAGAACAAAAAAAAAUUAUACAAAUGGACCUAGAAGGAAACAGAAUGGCAUCUCAGACAACGGUGGAAUGUCAAAGAUGUCAUCAGUGGUUCGGUUUGGUCAAUAUCUGGUUGAGGUUCUAAAGCUCCUCAACAUAAUAACUGAAGUGUACCUGCAAUAUUAAUAACAGAAGUGAAGGGGAGUGAUGUCAUAACAAACCAGUCAACAUCUGGGCUCCAAUCAAGAAGCCUGAAGCAGGACGGAGCCUUCCUGUCCUCAGGGUCACCGUCAUAGUUUUGGGGAUCAAGCAUUAGACCUAGAAAUUGUAUUACCAGUCUGCCCAACCACUAGUUCAGCUUGACUUGUCACUGUUUUUACUGCGGCACAGCUUCGAUUUGGUGUGAAUGUUUGUUUUUACACGAGGAUGACCAACUACUGCCACUCCAGCUUUAUGUUGAACCAAAGUCAACUUCACACCUGGGCAUGACUUUUUAUUUUUUUAGCUUCUGGCUUUGGAGACCUUCUUCUCUUUUCUGUUUUAUCCCAUCCCAUGACGUGUUGAUGUGAUGGUUUGCCCUAGAAUGCAUUUUUUAGAUUUUAUUGGGGGRAAAAAAACAAAACUGUAAUAGCCCUUGUUGCCAUUAUCUCAUGUACUCACAAACUUAUUGUUUAGAUAUAAAAGAACAUGUCCUCUCCAUAAGUUGGAGUACAUAAUGGCUAAAAUAAACUAUAUUUUGUACUCAUCUGCAAUUUCAUUUUUUUUCUGGCAUAGACAACUAACAGAUGAGACAAAAAAUAGUGUGCAUAUUACACAUCAAUUGCUUUUUUUUAACAUUAGGGAGCAAGCCAAAGUUGUGUCCCUCUUACACUCCUCUUUAGAACAGGAGCCUUGUGUAGAACCUGGAAGUGAAGCGAAUUAGAGCAACACUCAAAGCUUCAGCUUCACCUCCUUCUGUCUGACAGACGGUAGGAACAACUUCUCGCAGAGAUUCCACAUUUGUUUAAAAUGCACAAAUCUCUUGGAACUGAUGCAGUUUUCCAGAUAUAGACAUUUUUAUCAAGAUGAAAAGUCCUACAUUGUUGGACUUUAAUUAUAAAAUAGCUUCUAUACUAGACUUGCACUGCCCCAAUUUAUGCACCCUUAAGAAAGUUGCCUUCGAUGUCAAGUACAAUAUGCUCAGAAUUGUGCAGACAGGAUCGUGGAAAAGCCCAUUUGAAGUAAACAAUUUUCUCCUUUCCAUUUUAAGAUUAGCAUCCUAAUCUGUUUUAUUAAAGUGUCUGCGUUUAUUUGAUUUUAAUGAAAUGUUUGAUCUAAAAACUAGCUUUUAUUUGGUAUUUUAGAGUAAAGUAUUCAAGCUUUAAGUGUUCCACAAGCUAGUUAUGCUACUCAUUUAGUAUUUUCUUUACGAAAGGUUUUAGCUACUUUUUUUACCUGUAUUUUUAUAUAUAAAUAUAUUUAAAAUCUCAAAAAGCUUUCUUUUUUUCAAGUUAUGUUUUUGUUUCUGUUGGAAAUGCUUACAGCUUGAUGAUGACUUGUGGUUUGUAUGUAGCAUGGGAUUUACCAAUUCCUUAGAACUCACCACUGAGAACAUGUAUAACUGCACUAUGGCUGGGUUGCUUUCCUCAUUUUCAUCUUCAGAGUUUCAGAACCCAAUUUGGCUAGCUAAAUUUUAGAACAUGCAAGGCAAUUUUGAAUUAUACCAAGUAAUUAUAUUUAAAAAAAAGAAAAGAAAAUUGUUUUGACCAAUUUUUCCAAAUGUGAGGGUUUGACCAAAGAGUGAAUGAAUGCAUGCUUGUGAUUUUAUUAGCUCAAGCUUUCAUUUUAAAUGUUGGGUGUAUACUUUCAAGAUUGAGGAACAACGGUAUUAAUUACCAGUAACAUAUCCCAAAAGACUGGAGGUAUUGUUUUUUUUUGGUUUUGAUAAAAGAAUACGAUCUAGCAGCUGCAAUACAGAGCUGAUUUUUUUUUUUUUUUUUUUUUUUGUAUCUCGGCAGUUAGUAAUUCAGAAAGCUUUGACACUGGAGAGUCCGUUGGAAUUCUGUUUUACUUUAAUACAUCAUUACUUUUUCCAGUAAAAAAAAAAAAAAUCACCAAUUCCAGCAUUGCAGCUGUUUUGUAAAUCAUUGUGCACUGUAAAUUUAUCGUGAGUUGUUGGUAUUACGCUCACAUCCCRUUUGAGCCUCUCACACCGAAGUAUUUUAUUUUUGCUCAACGUUAAUACACAGACAGAAUAUUCAGAGGAAGAUAAAUCACUUUACACUAUUCAUAUUCUUGCCACAGUCGUUUUGGCUCAUACUAUCACAUUCCAGAUGUCCUGUUUUGCUUUUUUAAAACUUUUUUUUUUAGUGUGCAUGUAAACCCUUCACUUUUUUAAAACUUUAUUUUUUUUUCUUGCAAAAAAAUGUACAUUAAAUAUUCGACCAGCAACAAAAUGAUGUUUCAAUGAAGGUUUAGUUCAGCAUCCUGCAGAAAAUAGAAUUUACCUGAAAGUACACACCUGACCGAUGACAUCAUCUUCUAUGAAGUGAGAUGCAAAGAAAGAUUUGCACGAAUAAAAACUCAGAACAGUUGUUUAAGUAUGGCCUGUCUGUUGGUGUUGAUCACGUUUUAAUGCAUCAAGAUCAAUCCAAAUUGUUCAUCUUCAUAAAAAAAACUGGAUACUGGUUACUCAUUUUAUAUCUAUAUGAUGGUUUCUGUUUUUCUAUGUUUGUGUUUUUGUUGGUCUAGCCUUUGCGUUACAAGCUGAAAUUAAAAUGUAUUUUUUUAAGGUUGUCAUUGAUGACCAUACUUGUUCUAUGCAUUGAAAUACAAUUGUUUGGACUUUAUACUCGAAAACGAUUAUCAAAAAAUGUGCUUUGUUUUUCUGAUUGAAAGACAUUUUUCCCCUCUUUUUGUAUAUUACCAGGACCCAGCAAACACCUGAGCGCAUAUAUAUAUAUAUAUAUAUAUAUAUAUAUAUAGUUUUUCUUUGAGAGCUACUUUGACUGGACCAUUCAGAGGGACGCUGGAACCAAAUGAGGUUUUGUGAAGGACGCUUUAACACAUUCUGAGGUCCGCAUUCCUACAUACAGAUCAUGUUGUAUUUCUUAUUGUGAUGACAAUUGUGUAUUCCAGAAUAAGCCUCUUUCUGGUGCAUUUCUGUGAAACUGGCUUCUAGUUUCUGGAGAACGUGGAGUUCCUACAUGUCACUUGUGAUGUAUUAUAGCUGUACUUUUUAAUACGUUUUCCAUACAUGCUGUUCCCUCUGCUUGCUAUAAACAGCAGAUUCACUCAAACUCAGCCUUGUUAGAAUUUAUGUAUUCUUCAAACACUGAUCUUCAUCAGCUUUCCAACCUAUCCUACAUUUACAACUUCUUACAGUGUACACUAAUAAAGCUGUUUUGCUUCAAUCGAAAA